AUGAGUGAAGGGGGAGUUCCACAUCUGUAUAAAAUGCAAACUCCUCUUACCGACCAGGAGAUGUCUAUAUUUUCAUUGUUAAUUACUGUUAAAAAGUAUUUUAAUAUCGAGACGGGUAUUAGAGUUGUUGGCGGGUGGGUCCGCGAUAAAGUGAUGCGUCUUGAAAGUCACGACAUAGAUAUUACAACAGAUGGUGUGAGUGGUGUCGAGUUUAGUAAUUAUGUUAUUGAGUAUCUUCACGCGAACAAUAUUCCCACAUCAUCGACGAAGUACGCUACUCAAUCAGAACACUUGGCUACUGCCACUGUCUCGUUCUAUGGACUUUCUAUUGACUUUAAUAGUCCCAGAGCUGAAGAAUACCACGACACACGUAUUCCAAUUAUUCGGAAAGGUACUUUACUCGAGGACUGCCUUCGCCGUGACUUUACUAUAAAUGGGUUGUUUUAUAGAAUAGAGGACGGUGUAAUUGAAGACUACAGUUCCGGUUACGCAGACAUCAACAACAAAGUUUUAAAAACACCGAUCGAUCCUUUUGUGAGUUUUGUAGAUGACCCACUUCGCGUGUAUAGGGGGAUAAGGUUUGCUUCAAAGUUCACAUUCACAAUCGAAAAGAACACAUGGGAGGCCAUGCACUCUGAAGCUUUUAAAAGGGUCACCAACAAAGUCACAAAAGAGAGAAGGCUGCCAGAAAUUAACAACAUUCUGAAAACGUGUAACGCCGGAUUUGGACUUCACUGUCUGGCGGACUGCGGACUAAUCGAGGAGGUCGUUACUUGUAAUGCAAUUCAAACUGUUUUACCAAACUUUAUGUAUUCGGAUUACGCUGCCGCUACGAUAAAAUUGGCUUAUAUUUGCGAGGGAAUAUUAAAAAGGUGCUUUGAAACACCAGAAGUCUUCAAUUCAUUGACGUGCGGGUAUUCAUCAAACGCCAAUAACAAAGACUAUAGUACAGUGAGCUAUUUUAAUGAUAUCGCAAAUUAUGGAGAAAUUAUGAGAAUACUGGGACUGUGUAGCAUCUGCUUUGCUUUUAAAGACAUCACGUACGUUUUUAAAAACAAGACGUAUCACGUGUAUCAAAAUGUGAUAAUUGAUGGACUAAAAAUGACGGCAAAAGACAGAGAACUAGUUGACUGCAUUUUUGAUAGUGUUAACCUCUUCCAAGAAAAGAGUGACGUUUGUGAAAGGCUUAUUCUUGGACGUAUGAUGCUUAAAGCAAAAACGAUGUGGACUGUCGUGUGUGUAUUCUACAUUGCAAUUCAUUGUGUCAUUGAUAUUCCACAAAUACCUUUUCUUCAAUUUGGAUUUGAUGGAAAGGAGGCUCACGCCAAAUUGCUUGCUUUGUAUAGUAAAAUAUACAACUACGGACUUGUACACAUCUGGGAGCUAGAACCCGCGUUCAAUGGAAAUCAAAUUGCUGAAUUAUUCAACAAGAAAAAGGGAAAGUGGAUACAAAAGGCGAUGAGCGAUUUGAUUGAGUAUCAAAUCGCUCAUCCCGAAUACACAACGGAGUCCUGCAAACUAUUUUUGUGUUCACAGAACUACAACUGA